AUGGAAGUCCAAUUGCCUGACUUGCCAAUGGUGAAAAUCUUCUCCUUCCUGGACCCAUUCAGUUUGCUACAGGCCUCUCAAGUGAACAAGUACUGGAAUAAGAUUGCAGAGAAUGAUCACCUGUGGAGAAUGCUCUGUCAGGAUAGAUGGGACUUAGGCAGCUUUUCCUAUCAGCACCUGGGCACAAGGACAUGGAAGCAAUUUUUCUUCCACAAAGUAAAGGAGGAGCGUCGGAUGGCACAGGCACAGCCAGAUGACUUUAUCUACAAAGAAGUAUCUGAGAACCUUGGUAUGGGAACAGAAAAUAUGGCUUAUGUCUCAGGAAGCGGCUUCACAAUGGAUGAACAAAAGAAAUCAGUGGUUUGUACUGUGUCUUCAAAGUACCUGCUUCAUGCCUGGGACGUGCAAGAGGGCAUUAUGACCUGGUCAAGCCCAAUCCAGAAGUUCAGAAUCAUAAAACUUGCAACCCUCCCUCAGAUGCAGCUUGCAAUCACUGUGGAUCUAAACAGAACUAUCAAAGUGUGGAACUGUCAGGACAGAGAUGCUCUGGCUGCUCUCACAAUCCCUCACGCCUGUUAUUCCUUAGAAACCUUUCUCACAAAGGAUGGCCCAUUCCUGAUGGUUGGUGAUGAUAAAGGUGACAUCCACACAUUUACAGUGCCUGGGUUAAGAGAUGUUUCUAAAGUUGAUGCAUUUCGUUGGCCUGUCGAACUUCUACUCUGCUCUCCUGACAAGGAAUGGGUCUUUGCAUGUGAGACAUGUGCCAAAGGUAUCUUGCCAAAGGUAUUCUUCUUGGAGUGCUUACUGAGACCCUCAGAAGACAGCACCCCUCUGUCUAUCUCUCUUCCAUUCAAAUCAUGCUGCAGAGGCUGCUGGGCCCCAAGGCAGAAAAACAGAAUAAUUCUGAUGUCCCAAAGUAGCUCUGGUAAAAAAACAGGAUUUAUCACCUUUGAUCUAAAGACUAGGAAGACUAGGGGCCAAACAGUCGUCCAAGCCAUUGAAAUUGCAAGUUUCCUGUUGCCAGCGAAUCUACCAUAUCCUCUGUGCAUGGGAACGAGUGAUGGAUAUUUGAUUGUCAUUGAUAGUGGGAAGUACUUGCUCCUCUUCACCAUCGGUGGCAUCCUGCUGCAACGAUUUGAGUACCACCAGGAGGCCAUCUGCAACUUAUGGGUGGAUUCUAUCCAUGUGCUUACCACAUCCUUCGAUGGCUCUCUGCAUGUGUACAUGUGGGAGGAGGGAGGCCAUCCUCCGUACCUCAAGAGCUGCUGUCAUCUGGAAAAAAUACAUCAGACACUGACUGGUUCCUUUGCUGAUAAAGGGAACAUGAAUGGAGAGGUGAGAAUACUCAAACUGCAGACAAGGCAGGCCCCCCUGAAGAGACUGUGGACCCCUCCACAGCCCUCCCCCAACUCUGUCCUGAACGGGGCUCUUAUUCCUUCACAGAAGCUUUGA